AUGGUGCCGACGCCUAAUCGAUUUCCUUCAUGCGGUGGGAAAAGUCCAGUAGACGAUGCACCCGGAGAAAGAAUAGUUAUAUCUGGCAUGUCUGGGAUCUAUCCAGAGUCUCACAGUGUGAAAGACCUAUCAGAUAUUUUGUAUGACAAGAUCAACCCAAUCACCAAUGAUAAAACCCGCUGGGAGUUUGAGCACCCCGAAGUAUCUCAGUACUCCGGCAAAGUGCCUGGGCUUGAACUGUUUGAUGCACAGUUUUUCAAAAUUCAUUACCGACUUUGUAAUAAUACGGAUCCAAUGGCUCGAAAGUUGAUGGAGCAAGCGUAUCAGGCUAUAUAUGAUGCUGGUGUUUGUCUCAAUGACCUAUUUGGAAAGAAAGUCGGCAUCUUUGUAGGAAAUGGUGUAUCAGAAACGGACAAGAUUCAUAUUUAUUUUCAAGGUGAUAGGACUGGUACUGGUAUUCCAGGGUGCAGUAAAUCAAUGUUUGCGAACCGUAUUUCAUAUUGGUUGAACGCUAAGGGCCCUUCUUUGGCCAUUGAUUCCGGCUCGUGCAGUUCCAUUCAGGCUCUGGAACAAGCUUGUCUGGCCAUCAAACGCGGUGACUGUGAAGCUGCCAUCGUUGGAGGGUCUAACCUUUGCUUGCAUCCUCAAUCAUCCAUCCAUCACGGACGAAUCAUAAAGUUGAAUUCAGAAGGAAAGACCAAAUCAUUUGAUACUGAAGCAGCUGGGUGUGUCUUGUCUGAGGCUGUCAACGUUAUGUUCCUUCAAAAAGCUAAAGAUGCGAUCAGAGUUUAUGCUGAAGUAGUGCAUGUAAAAUCUAGAUACACAUCGGAUCCACAAGACGAAACAAAAGAUCAAAAGUUUCACUUCUACAGAGAUGCUGAAAAAAUGUCCAAUUUUAUAAAGUCAUUCUAUGAAGAAAUACAAAUACCACCUCAAGCCGUUGAAUAUGUAGAAGCUUUUGGUUCAGCUGAACCAAAUACAGAUAAAGCAGAGCUUGAAGCCAUCGAAAAAGUAUUCUGUAAUAACAGAAAUAAUCCACUUUUAGUUGGCAGUGUUAUGUCCAACAUAGGAUAUACAGAAUCUGCAUCGGGAAUAUGUAGUAUAACAAAGGUUCUUUUAGGAUAUCACAAAGGGCUGCUCGCAGGAAAUUUGAACUGUGAUUCCCCGAGAAAUGACAUAGCAGCACUGCGAGAUGGUCGAAUGCGCAUUCUUACUGAUCACCAGAGUUUUGAUCGAUCAUAUACCGCUGUUAAUGGUCUAUCUAUAUCAGGAAUUAACGCACAUGUUCUUUUAAAUGGUCAUUAUAAAGCUAAGGAUACUACGCGUUACAAGACAAAAAUACCUCAUUUAGUUCUCGUAUCUGGUAGACAGGAGUCUUCCGUGCAAAAAAUACUUGAAGAUUUAAAAUCACGUUCUGUAGAUCCUGAAGAAAUAGCGCUACUGCAUAAUAUUCACAAAACCAGAUUGUCUGGUCAUUUAGGACGAGGAUUCACACUUCUCAGCACAAAUGAAAAGGACGAAACCAUUUGUCUAAACGAACGAUUCAACUACUUCGACGACGCUAAGCGACCGCUGUGGUUCGUAUACAGCGGCAUGGGCUCCCAGUGGGCCGGCAUGGGAGCACAGCUCAUGAGGAUUCCUAUAUUUGCCGCUGCCAUUGAAAAGUGUCGCCGUGUCUUGGAACCUAAAGGAGUAGACGUUGUUCAUAUUAUUACAUCUCCAGACAAAACCAUAUUUGAUAACAUUCUACAUUCUUUCGUUGGAAUUGCUGCUAUUCAAAUUGGACUCACAGAUGUAUUACUGGCCAUGGAAAUCAUUCCUGACAAAAUAAUCGGUCACAGUGUGGGUGAGCUGGGCUGCGCGUAUGCAGACGGCUGCUUCACAGCCGAGGAGAUGAUCCUGUCUGCGUACAGUCGCGGGCUGGUCUCUGUGCAGACUCCCUUCAUUCGUGGCUCAAUGGCUGCUGUGGGGGUUGGAUACAAAAAGAUAUCUAAAAUGUGUCCACCUGAGAUUGAAGUAGCAUGCCACAAUGGCCCUGACUCCAGCACAAUAUCUGGUCCCGCUGAUAUCAUGAAGGAAUUCGUGGCUCAACUUACUGCGAAGGAAAUAUUUGCCAAGGAAGUGCCAUGCUCGAACAUUGCAUAUCAUUCUCGAUAUAUCGCUGAGGCAGGUCCAGGAUUGCUCAAAUAUUUGAGUGAAGUAAUCACAUCGCCCAAAGUCCGCAGUGAGCGCUGGGUUUCUACGUCAGUACCACAAGAGAAAUGGAACGACCCAAUUGCAAAAUAUUCAUCGGCAGAAUAUCAUACAAAUAACUUACUUAGCUCAGUGUUUUUUGAAGAGACAUCAAGGCUCAUCCCGGCAAAUGCGGUGGUAGUAGAAAUUGCUCCACAUAGUCUUCUGCAGGCUAUUCUUAAGCGUUCGCUGCCUGAGUCCUGCAAACUUGUGCCACUUACAAGACGUGGACACCCAGACAAUGCACAGUUCUUGUUGGAGGCUAUUGGAAAGCUCUAUAUGGAGGGAUACAACCCGCAAGUGCAAGUCCUGUACCCGAAGGUAGAAUUUCCAGUUUCCACUGGAACACCAAUGUUGUCACAUACAGUAGAAUGGGCGCAUCAUGAAAAAUGGAAUGUAAUACUGUUGAAGUCACCACAAAAAAUAAUUGCAUCAACUUGCAAUUACGUCCUUUCUAUUCAUGAUGACGCUUAUCGUUACUUAAGAGGACAUGUUAUAAGAGAAACAAAUUUAUAUCCGUUUGCUGCUGCACUUGUGGCAGUUUGGGAUACAUUAGCCAUGUUCCUGGGAGUUCCAAAGAAACAACUCUCAGUUCAGUUCCAUGAUGUACAUUUGCACUCCCAACCCGUGCUGCAUGAGCAAAGGCAAUUGCGACUGUACAUAACUGUGCAAAAACGAGGGCAAUUUGAGGUAUUGAAUAAACAUAUUAAAAUUGCAUCUGGACAUAUUAUCGGUGAAAGAGACAAAAAUAUAUUUACAAAAAUAGACAAACAAGAAAAGUUGCAGUGCGAAACAGUGUUUGCUCUGGAAUCAGAAAAUAUUUAUGAAUUAUUAGAUGCCAAGGAUUACAAUUACUCGAACGAGUUCCGUAGUAUUCACAAUGCUAAUUUAUCGCUAACUGAAGCGCAUCUGUUGUGGAAGGACAAUUGGGUAACACUAAUCGAUGGUAUAAUCCAACUAAAUGCGCUUAGACGCGGGCAUGACAGUGUUUCACAAUUAGGUUUUAUAAAAAAGAUUGUGAUUGAUGUUGAACAACAUUUAAAAAUUGACACAAUCCUGCUAAAUAAUACACAUGUCUUGUCGGCUAAGGUGUUCGAUGAUAGUAAUAGUACGAGAUGUGGAGGUGUUAUAAUGGAAAACAUCAAAUUCCAUGACCUGCCGUCAAUAAAUAAAGAACGCAUGGCACUAAAAACGUUAAAAUUUGUUCCUCACGUCACGAGUAAUGAAAUCGAUGAAAGAAGUGCUUUGUAUGUAUUUCUGCAAAUAGUUGCAGAAAAUUUAAAUAAACGAGUUAUCAAUAUUGCUAACAUCGUGGAAUACAAUGGUCAAGCAAAGUAUGAAAACAUUCAAAGAAUUAUUCAUGAUAUACCUGACGUAAAGAUCAAUUUACUACAAUUAUGUCAGAACGACUUAAUAAAAAAGAAGGAUAAUUAUUUUAUUGACUUCGAUACUUUACUGAUAACGAAUUUGGCUGCUAAUAGUGGUAUUUGGGGUGGAGAAUAUUAUUUGCCCGUUCAAGGAAAUAUAGUUAAAGAGAAAAAAAUUGCGUUAGAAAUGAAAUCCUUAGGUGAUAUAAAUUCUACUCAAGGGAUAGAAUUGAGACAACCACACCAACAAGGAAAUCUAGUAAAGGUUCAUUACGUGGGACUAAAUGAUGCCUAUGUAAAGAAAGUUUCAGAAAUAGCCGCCAGAGACAAUUCUAAUAAACACCUAAUGGUAUACGACUUUAGUGGCAGAACAAAAAGAGGAGAACGUGUCAUGGGCAUAGUGCAAGAGGAAUCAAUCAAAAGUCUCGUCCAGGCAAUUCCUGAGCUGUUGUGGCCGGUGCCGAAGUAUUGGACAAUGGAGGAAGCAGCCACGGUUCCUUUGGCUUAUUGCCUCGCAUUCUACUGUCUUUACUUCAAAAGUAGGUUCUACCAUGGCAGCAGUGUUUUCGUGCACAGCGGAGCAGGAGCUUUAGGUCAAGCGAUCAUCUCUAUAGCGCUCGCACAUGACUGUGACGUUUACACUACAGUGAGCAGUAGUAAGAAAAAGAUGUUUUUGCUCAAACUAUUUCCAGAACUUAAAGAUGAUCAUAUUGGUUAUUCUAGAGAUAUCAGUUUCAAAGACAUGGUUCUUAAUAAAACAAACGGACUAGGUUGUGAUAUUGUAAUAACAUCCGUUAAAGGAGACAUAAAAAGAGCUACAAUAGAUUGCUGUAAAAAAUUUGGAACUGUGGUGGAUACUUCUCUUGUGGUGGACAAUGAGGAUUAUAUGUUUGAAAUGUUUCAUUUGUUUAAAUCUCUCACUUACAGUACACAGGAGUUUUCUUCACUAUUUGAUGCUACAAAAAUAGAAGAUUUAAAAAAAUUACAAUUGUUGGUGAGCGAAGGAAUAGCUCUCGGCUACGUGCGCCCGCUCUCUCGCGUGACGUACGCGGCGGAGCACGCGUCGCGCGCGCUGCGGCUGCAGGCCGGCAGCAGACAUGUCGGCCGAGUGCUGCUCGACUUGACUGCGGACGUGUCGUGUGUUCAGCAGAAAAUAAAGUGUUCCCCCGAUCGCCUGCAGCUGUUGUUGUCAGAGGACGAUAUGUUAGGAAUACAAUUGGCCGACAGGUUUUGGGAGGAACUCGGAGUGCAAUGCACAAUAUCAAACAUGAAGACAUGGAAUGAAAAUAUUUUCAAUUUACUGAAUAGCAACACAGUAGAUGACGUCGAAGGAAUAUUUUGUAUUUUAAACACGAAUACACAAAGUAACGAAAAUACCAAAUACUUGGAGUAUUUGAAUUUGGCCGUACAAAAACCAAAUUGGGCUUUGAAGUAUUUCGCAGUAAUUGAUGCUGGGACAGAAAUUAAUAAUACAAUAAGAGUAACAACACCUGUCGAUCAAUUUAUAUACAUCAAGUUGCCGUCGAUAAAAAUCAUUGAAAAUAAAGAAUAUUUUCCCAUUAGUUGUGCUAUUGAUGCUAUAGAACAAGCAUUAUGUCAUAAGCUACGUGUUAUAACUGUGCAUCGUACAAAAAAACCUAAAAACAACUUAUUACAAGAAUUAGCUAAUAUAGCAGAUUUCACUAUUCCAAAAAGUCUGUCACCUGAAGUAACUCUUGAAGAUAUGGGAAUGGAUUUAUCAAAGUCCUAUAUUGUUAGAGCAUAUUUACGUAAUGUUUAUUAUAUUUCUUUGGAAGAGACUGCCAUACCAUCAAUUACGGCUAAAGAGUUAUUGCAAUUAGAGGAUAAUUGGUUACAAAAGGAAUUCACUGAAACUGAAGACUUAAAAACAUUCAUAUCUCACAUUAAUAGUAAUGAGCUUCUAGCAAAUGAGAAUGUAAUAUAUUUACCAACACUAACUUCAAAUAAUAAUUUGAGUUUUUAUCAAUUUGACCAAAACGCAACAUACCUGUGCAUAGUACCCGGUGUAGAAGGGCUACACGUGCGAUUCCGUGAAAUGUGCGAGCGACUCAAGGUGCCCGCGAUAGUACUGCAACCGACCGUUGAACGACCACAUAAAACUAUAAAAGAAAUGGCGCAAAAAUAUGUCCAGAUUCUUCAGAGAAUGGUUCUAUUGAAGAAGCGGUUUUACCUUCUUGGAUAUGAAAGUGGAGUUUUGGUAGCAUUAGAAAUGGCUACGAUUCUCGAAGAUCAAGGUUUAACUGGUACAAUUUUCUGCAUUGGCGGUGGUCCUGAUGAAGUUCUACAUGAAAUUGAUGAAAAACUAGCUAAGUUUGAAACAGAACAAUUAUUACAAGUGGCUAUAGCUCAACAUAUAUUUAAAUUGAUGGUUAACGAUGACGCUCCAGGAGAUUUGAAUCUAGAAAAUGAGCUGAAAAACAUUUCGACGUGGAAAGAGAAAGUAGCGUUCUGUGUGCAGAAGCUGCUGGGUCGUAUCGAUCACUCUAUUCAGUAUGCCAAAGAAUAUAUUGAAGCUGUAUACGCUAGACUAGUACAAGUACGGCGAUAUCAUUCAGAACCACGACCUCUGCGCUCCCUCCUGAUAUCUAUUAGACCUUGGUCACUCACCAGUGAGUCUAAUCGCAUUCCUAUACAAAGUUACUCGCAGCAAAAAGUUGUGGAGUACGAGUUGCAAGUUCCUCUGGCGCAUGCGGCGCAUGAUAUGCGCUGCGCCGCUAUUGUGAACCGCCAUUUAGACAAAGACAUUCUAGAGGAAUUUGAUAAUUUUAAUUUGUGCGAAACUUACACUAUUUCAAACUUAGAUAAAAGCUUAAAUACCAGUGAUACCAGUAUGUUAUAAUACUAUAAUGAUGACACUGGUUGAUGUACUCGUAAUUUUUAAUUUGGGUGUUAAUAAUUAUAAUUACUAAAACGGUUUUUGAAAUUUUAUAUUGCGUACUUAAAGUUCUUAGUGCAUAUUGGCAUGUAUAUUUUGACUAUGAUUAAUUCCUUACACAAGGUCUCAACCUAGAUAGGAAACUGAAUAAACAAACAGAUAAGUUAAUUUCAUCAUCACUAACAGCCCGUAUUCCGCUCAAUGUGCACGAGUCUCCUCUCAGAAUGAGUGGGUUCAGGCCUUAGUCCACCACGCCGUCCCAAUGCGGAUUGGCAGACUUCACACACACAUUUAUCGUAUGAGACAAGUGAUAUUUUAUUUCUUGAAAUGCACAUAACUGGAAAAUUGGAUUGCAUGUCUUAGACCGGAAUCGAACCUACACCCUCCGAAUCGAAGGCAGAGGCAUCCAUUGGGCUCUCACGUCUCCUAAGUAAUGAAGUUAAUUUAGCAGGACAUAUAAUAUGUAAAAAUAGGGUAGAAACAAAAUAAAUAAAAUAAAAAUAGGUAAAUUUAGUCAGUUCAGUUGUGUGCAUUUUAAGAAAUUAAAUAUCACGUGUCUCAAACGGUGAAGGAAAACAUCGUGAGGAAACCUGCAUACCAGAGAAUUUUCUUAAUUCUCUGAGUGUGUGAAGUCUGCCAAUCCGCAUUGGGCCAGCGUGGUGGACUAUUGGCCUAACCCCUCUCUUUCUGAGAGGAGACUCGAGCUCAGCAGUGAGCCGAAUAUGGGUUGAUGAUGAUGAAAUUUAGUCAUUAUCUUAAUCUUGUAAGUAUUAAUCAAAUAUGUGAAUAAUUCUUAGCAAGAUUUUUAUUCAGAUUUAUUUAAUUAUGAACAAAUUCAGUUGUUUUUAUUUUGUAGGUACUCAAAUUAUGUUUAAUACUACAAUAAAUAAUAUUAUCAAAAAUGGCGUUACUAAUGGUAAUAUAAUCCAUAUAUAAUCCUAGUCUACUACUACCAGGUCCUACUAACCUAGCCAAUUAGUUAUGCACUUUUGGAUAAUACUUAUUAUAUAGGUAGGUACAGUACAAGGUUAAUAGAUAUAAUAUUUUUGAAUCUUUUGUCAUGUACGUACCUACCGAUUCAUUUUAAAGACUAAAUAUACUUCUUGGUAAAUAUAAACAAUACUUUUUGUAUACUAUUAAGUUAAUUCGAUUG